UCCUCAUUCACAUCUUUUUCAUCAUCUCUCUUCCUUUAUUUCCUCAAACAUUCUUAACUUCAUUCUUGUCUUCUACUUUCAAGUUUUAACUGUUCAAAUUAUGGCACAGUUUCAUGUUUUGGCUGUUGAUGAUAGUGUUAUUGAUAGAAUGUUGAUUGAAAGACUCCUCAAAACCUCUUCAUUUCAUGUUACUGUGGUUGAUUCUGGAAGUAAGGCUUUGAAGUUUCUUGGUUUAGUUGAAGAUGAGAUGAGGAGUGAAAAGGUUUCAUCUAUUGCUACGGAAACAGAUCAGGUUGUGGAAGUGAAUCUGAUUAUAACUGAUUAUUGUAUGCCAGGAAUGACAGGCUAUGAUCUGCUGAGAAAAAUCAAGGAAUCUAAUUCUCUUAAAGACAUACCAGUUGUGAUUAUGUCAUCAGAAAAUGUUCCAUCAAGAAUCAACAGAUGCUUAGAAGAAGGAGCUGAAGAGUUUUUUCUGAAACCAGUUCAACAAUCAGAUGUAAACAAGCUGAAACCACAUUUGUUGAAGACAAAAGUUAAGAAUGUUGAUGACCAAACCAACAACAUAGGAAGGAUAGAGAACAAUAAAAGAUGUUACAUUCAAAAUUAAUGAUGGUUACUUAGAUAGUGCUUGACAUUUAAAUCUUCUCUUUCUCACCAACAUAAAUUAGUGAGAAGAGUAUGCUGAUGAAUAGGUCAUUAGUAGCUUAACUGAAGAGAAAUUUUUAUUGAAUUUUUGGUCUGACUAAUUUUAGAUUUUUUCUAGCUAAUGUUUAUCUUUAUUUUUUUGUGUGUAAGCAAUAUGGAAUUAAAACGAUAACUAAGGUUCUCAAAACCUGUUUACACGACAAGGCGGAAACAACAACAAAAAUCGUCAAAACAAGAAAUUACAAAUCAAAUAGAGUUAUAAGAGGAAAAACAAAUUAUCUUUGUUAAACUCAUAAAAACUUUAAAUUGGGUGCGUAAUUUCUCCGAUGAACGACCACUUUUAUAAAAAAGACUUGAUAUUCUAAACCGUAUUAUCACCAACUCAACCUUCAUUGCGGAAGCAAAUACCUUAGCUUCCUAGUUAACCAAAAUAUCCACAAAAUAACUAACCAUACCUCGCUACAUUUUAUUUUAGUGUCAUAGGAUUGAAAACAUCAUAG